CGGGCGCCGGGAGAUUGAAGGCAUUCCGUGCGGAGUUCUCGUCCGAGGUGGUCGUUCCGUUCCCUGCACCGGGCGAUCCGUCGGCGAACGCGCCGGCGCCGCCGUCGGCGAUGGAACACGACGAGGACAAGUCCCUCUCGCUGGGGACGGAGGUGUCGGCCUCCGUGCCCCCGCCGAGUCCUCUCACGGGCUGCUACCUGCUGGCCGUCGUCGGCGAGCCUCACACUCACGAGCACAAGGAGAUCAUCCUGCAGCGCCUCGUCAAAGGGCUGCUGUCAUGGGACUCCGGCGAGCACCAGGUCGACCUGGAGAAGGAGCUAGCCACCCUCUCGGCUCAGGCACCCGAGGGGGAGGAAGCCAGAUAUGGCGAGCGACUGAUCCAGUACGCGUCGGAGAACCUGGUGACAGAGAUCCUGAUCCACCCGCAGAUGAACACGCUGAUGCAGUGCAUGAGGAACCUGCUCAGCUCCUUCACCCGCCACCGCCACCUGCUGCACGCGGGGUACACCUUCGCCGGCAACGGCUCAUGGAUUAUGCAAGACGGGACAUUCUCCCUCUCGGACUUUACUGACGCCUACCAAGAGAACGAGGUGCAGCGCGUGGUGCGCGCCUACGAGAACUCCAUUUCCAUCGACAUCCACUGCUCCGGCGCCGGCGAGUGGCACAAGCUGCCCUCCAUGCCCUUCGCCAAGCACUGCAAGAUCCGCGUCAACCCCACGGACAUACUCGACUCUGGCUCGCAAGCCAUCAAGGACUUUAUCGCAUACCUGGACCCAUUCGUGGUGCCCGCCAACCUCGAGCAGCUGCUGGUGCCCAGCGACGUGGUGGGCAACAUCCGCUUCAGCCACCCCACCCUCUACGUAUUCCCGGGGGGGCAGGGCGACGCCGCGCUCUUCGGCAUCAAUGGAUUUAACAUGUUAGUUGACGGCGGGUUCUCUCGCAAGGCGUGCUGGUGGGACUUUGCACGGCAUCUAGACCGUCUGGACGCGGUGCUGUUCACGCGCAUCAACAACUGCUCGGUGUCGGGCAUGGCGUCCGUGCUGCAUCGCAAGGCGGCCGCGAGCGUCUACCCACAGAUCGGACACUUCUUCUGCAACCUUGAAGAACGCCGCGCGCUGGCCAGCCCAGACGGCGACAAAGACUCGGAUCCUCUGCUGGUCUCCCUGCUGCAGACCGGCUCCGACAUGAUGACUGACCUCCGCCACCUCAACCUGAAGCCACAACUGUGCUACAGAAGUCCGGACCCCAUCAACCUGUACCAUAAAGUUGGACAUGGAACACUAGAUAUGUAUGUCCUCAAUCCGUCCAAGGACUCAAAAUAUGUUCGUGAGUUUCUCAAGAGAUGGCAUAACAGUGAACAGAAAUUAUUUGAAGGGGCUAGUAUAUCUGGACAGUUUAAUUUUCCUAUUCCCAAUUUAGUGUCAAUAUGUGCUCUGUUAGUGUGGAGGCCGGCAAACCCAGACGACACGAUCACUAGAUUAAUGUUCCCAGGAUCCACUCCCCAACACAAAAUAUUUGAAGGACUAGAAAAGUUAAGGCAUUUGGAAUUCCUUCAGCACCCUACAUAUACAGGACGACAGAUGACACCCGCACCAGUGCCACCGUCUACUGUGACAACGGUUAAACAAACAAAACAAACAAAAGUCAGUAAAGAGAGAAGUAUUGUUUCCGAAAAGAAAGAAGAAAAGACGCACGACACAGAACCCAUGCUGCCUAAAGUUAUAAAAGACGAAACAGAUUCAAAAAAUAUUAUUGAUAAUAAGUUAUUAAGUGAACUUGUAGAUGGUUAUGAUAAAAAAAUUGAGUCAGUUUUCCAAGAUGCUAUUACUGCUAGAGUAGAUACCAAAUUAGAUGAUAGAUUUGCUCACUAUGAGAGCACUGUAUUAGAUGGUUUACCAAAAAAGAAAGAAACAAAGAAAAUUUCGACUGAUAAAAAAAUAAAACGUACUGAUAAGACUGAUGAUGUAAGAGACCCUACUAUUAAAUCUACUGAAUUAAGAAAACCUGAAACUGAAAAACAAUUAAAACCUGAACAAAAGAAAAAACCUGAGAAAGCAAAAAGUGAUACAACAACUCUUCCAAUAACAAAAAGUAAAAUUUCCGCACGGCCCAGUCUAAAAAUAAGUGACAAAAAAAUAACAACAACUGACAAAAAAGGAACUCUUGACGAUAAAAAAUCUCCUCCUGCGACGCCGAAAAAAUUGUUAGACAUGAAAACAGUGCCUACUCCGGUACUCGCAAAAGAUAAAAUGAAGGUUAGAACUAGAAAAGUAAGCCCAAGCAGCACACCAGCAAAAAGCACAAAAGAAGCAAAUAAUCGACGAGUUGUUGAAUCUAAAUAUAAACAAGCUUCGCCAAAACGGGACAUGACUCAAAAAGCACAAGAUAAAAAAGAAAUUAAAACAAAACGAGAACCCAUUUCUCGUAGACCCAGGCCUUUAGCAUCACCUAUUAAAGGAAUAAAAGCACUUAAAAGUCCAUCUAAAUCAAUGAAAAGUAUGAAAGCUGAUACAUCAAAAAUAAAAGGUCUUCAGAGAGUCAAUUAUGAAGACAUACUAAAGGAAGCUAAAAAAUCAGACGAAGAUACUUCUAAGUCAUUAGACGAUAUUAAGCAGCAAGAAUUAGAUGAACGAGAAGAACAAGAAAUUGUUAGAGAAAUUGAAGCUGUAUUUAAUAGAGAUAGUGAAGCUGAGGAAAAACAUGAAUUUGUCGGAAGGUCUGAUAUAGAAAAAAUAACAUGUUUAUUAGAUGACGCUAAAACAGAAACAAUUGCUGAUGGUGAAUUUGAAGAAGAAUAUCUUAUCAUAGAAAAGGAAGAAUUAGACCAAUAUACCGAAGAAUCUAUUGCUGAUAAAGAAAGUAUACAUGACAUUGAAGAUGAACUUCAAAAGCAUAUAAAAGAUAAAGAAGAAUCAGAAAAAAGAAAAGUAACUGAAGAACCUGUAAAAGAACAAAGAGAUUAUUUAAAAGAAAAAGUAAAAUCUGAAAUAUCCAUUGAUAAAGAAACUAAAGAAACUGAAUCAAAGGAGCAAUCUGUAAGUGUAGAAGAAAAACAAGAUAUCAGUAGUGAAAAGAAAACUUCUGAUAGUAAAAGUGGUAUAAUCAAACCCAAAGAUUCCCUAGAAAAUAUCUUACAAGAAUCACAUCCCGAUGAAAAAAUGUCUACGACUAUCGAAUCAGGUGCAACAACAGCCCCCACUCUCCCUGAAGAUGAACGCAUUCCUUUAGAUGAUAUAAAAGAAGACUUCCAAGUUGAAGAGAAACAUGUUAAAGAAGAUACAAAGGAAAGUUUGCACCCUCCUACACUGAUUGAUCUCCACAAGCCUUUAUCUACUGAAAAAAGUCAUAAAAUAGAAGCUCAGCCUGCACCUUUAAGAGAAAUUGUCAAAACGCCAGAUGAAGUUGCUGAUUUACCCUUACACGAAGAAGUGGACUAUCGUACCUAUGAAGAUAAAAAAACCCCAAGUGAAGAUGAUUACAAACGGAAACUUGACAUUGGGUUUGAUCAUGAAAUUAAAGUACCGAAAAAUUUGCCGCUGUUUGAUAAAGACUCAGUGGUGCCAUUGAAGGAAAUGAAAAAUAUUGAAAGUAUAAUUGUUAAGACUGUUCAGCGUCCAUCACAUGCCGAAUUAGUUACCGUUACUCCUGGCUCAGCGCCGGAGUCGCCAAUGUAUCAUGACCAAAUAAAAAUGUCUAUUAUCUCUGGACAAGAAUUAGAACCAGUCAAAGAGUACGACGAUGCUUCCUUUAAUUAUGGUCAGUAUACAGAGAAGUUAAGAGAAACUCACAUUACAACUGUCCAUUCUCCGAUCAAAGAUGAUUUAAUUGGAAUAGAAGAAAAAGCUACUAUGCCUGAAAAAAUUCCAUCAAUACCAGAAGACGUUGAAAAAGAAAUAGAAGAAGCUGGUAAAUUAGACACAUCAGAAAAACCUCUCUUAAGUCCUAAAGAUGUUGAAAAAAUUGUAGCCGAUGUUGCUGAAGUGCUAAAGUCUGAUAAAAGUUUAGAGGAACUUAUUGCCGAAAAAUCCCCAAUGCUUCGGAAAUCACCUGAAAUAUUUAGUACGUUUACCAAAGAUCAUAGCACAAUACAAGCUGCAAAAAAUAUACUGUAUAGCGAAAUAGAUAAAACUAAGCACCAACAAAAAGAUCUAGUAAUAGACGAUGUUCCAAUUAAACCUAACGAAAAAAUUUUAAAAGACGAAAUGAAACAUAAGCCUUUACAAGAAGCUUCAGAAAAAGAACAAAAAAUUCAAAAAGAAGCAUCUCCUGUAAGAUCGGUAACAUCUGAAGAUAUAAGUGACGUAUCUGAUAAAACUGUUUGGAGUGAAGGUAAAAAAAUCAAACGCGAUAUUAAAGACGAUAAGGAAAAGGAUGAAACUUUAGAUAAAAUAACUUCAACACAAGUUAAUGGGUUCUCUGGUGAUAAAAACAAACACGACGAAAAUAAACAAGUUGAAGAAUCCGGCGGAAUCAUUGAAAAACAACCAGAAAAAAGAUUAAGUGUUACCUUGGAUUCGGCAAAAACAUUAGAAAAGCUUGAAGAAAAAAUAGCGAUUCUAAAGAAAAAAGAAGAUAUGACUUCAGAAAAAGCAAAAUGUUUGAAAACUGAAAUGAAAUUAGACCAAAAAGAUGAUGUUCAAAACUUAACAGAAGAAAAUAUCACCAUCGAAACGUCAAUAUUAAAACAGGAACACGAAAUCUAUCUCAGUAAAGCUCUUGAAAAAGAACCGGCUACUGAGAUUGAAAAACACAUUUCUGAUAAGAAAGAAGAAGUCACAGAUGCCCCAUUAGAUAUAAAUAAAUCUAUAGAAACAUUAAAUGAAUUAUCUAGUCCUGAUAUUAUUCAAGACUUACAAGAUUAUUCAAAACCUGAAGCUAAGCAUGAAAAAAAAUCUUUUAUCGAUUCUGACAAACUUGAUGAUAAGCAAGUAAGUUUAGAAAAGAAAACGACACAACUUCUUGAAGAUGAAGUUAAACUUUCAAAAUUCGAUGGUGAUGAAGGUAAAGGUGCGAAAUCAGAAGAAAAGAAAAAAGAAAGUAAAUCUAUGAUAAGUAGUUUUAUGAAUAAAUUUGAUGAAAAAAUUAGCAGAGCUAAAGAGUUGUUUACUAAAAAACCUGAAAAAAGUGUUGAACAACCUGAUGCUUUAGAAACAAAAGUAUCUCCGACUAAAUUAGACACUCACACUUCAGAAUUGAAAUAUGAAGAUAAAAUUCCUGAACUUGAAAUCAGUGAUAAAGAGAUUUUAUCAACAGUAAACCAAUAUGAACAGUAUAUGAUAGCGCUCGUUACAACACAAAAAGAUAUUGAAGACGAAAUCAAAAAAUAUACAAUAUUUGGUGAGCCAAAAGAAAAUGUUAACAUAAAAAAAGAAAACCUGACAUUGGAAGAAAAUAUGGUCGUAAGAAUAACUAUCACACGAGUAAUUAUAACGAAAUAUGCAAACUCCCAGGGUGUUGUCCAGAAAAUAAAAUCUGUGACAGUAAUAACAAUAAUGGACAGACAACCUGAUGGAAAAUUUUCAAUAAAGAUGGAUGGUAAUACAACUUUAAGAGAAGUCGAAGAUAUUGAAUCAAACAAAACAAAGGAAUAUAAUAUAGAAGAAGAUACAACAACUGAAGAAAGUGAUGAAGAGCAGAUUAUAAAUAUAAAUGGUCAAGAAGUGACUCAAAAAACAAAUACGAAAACUACAAAAACAAUCCUAAGAAAAUCAAAAAGUCUAAAAAAAAUAGUAAAAACUACUUUAGAAAUAGAUACAAAUAUAAUAUUUAUAAAUAAUUUAAUAGAAAAUAUAAAAACAACAAAACUAUGUAUUUAUGACUUUAACACACCAAAUAAAGAGUUAACCAAUGAAAAAGUCGUAAAAAUCUUUGUUUCGUCUCAAAAAACUGUAAAGGAUGUAACAAAAUCGUUAAUAGAGUUACCGGAUAUAUAUAAAGUGCAAAAGCAAAUAAAAGAACCGACACCAGUGAAAGAAACGAAGAUGCCAAGCCCAGUUAAGGAAGAUGACUUAACACCGGUCACUGAAAAACCUUCAGAAAAAGUACCUAGCCCAGAGAAAGAGGUGCUCAGCUCAGAAAAGCUGGCAGCAAAAGAACCAUCACCAGUAACAGAAACGAAGGCACCAGGCCCUGUGAAAGACAUUUUGAGCUCUGAGAAGCUAUCAGAAAAAGAACCGUCACCAGUGAAAGAAACGAAGGCACCAAGUCCAGUUAAGGAAGAUGACUUGACACCGGUCACUGAAAAACCUUCAGAUAAAGAACCUAGCCCAGCGAAAGAGGUGCCGAGCCCAGAAAAGCUGACAGCAAAAAAACCAUCACCAGUGACAAAAACGAAGGCACCAAGCCCUGAGAAAGACAUUCUGAGCUCUGAGAAGCUAUCAGAAAAAGAACCGUCACCAUUGAAAGAAACGAAGGCACCAAGUCCAGUUAAGGAAGAUGACUUGACACCGGUCACUGAAAAACCUUCAGAUAAAGAACCUAGCCCACCGAAAGAGGUGCUGAGCCCAGAAAAGCUGACAGCGAAAGAACCAUCACUAGUGACACAAACAAAGGCAUCAAGCCCUGAAAAAGACAUUCUGAGCUCUGAGAAGCCAUCAGAAAAAGAACCGUCACCAGUGAAAGAAAUUAAGGCGCCAAGCCCAUUUAAAGAAGAUGACUUGACACCGGUCACUGAAAAACCUUCAGAAAAAGAACCUAGCCCAGCGAAAGAGGUGCUGAGCCCAAAAAAGCUGGCAGCAAAAGAACCAUCACCAGUGACAGAAACGAAGGCAACAAGCCCUGUGAAAGACAUUUUAAGCUCUGAGAGGCCAUUAGAAAAAGAACAGUCACCAGUGAAAGAAAUUAAGACGCCAAGCCCAGUUAAUGAAGAUGACUUGACACCGGUCUCUGAAAAACCUUCAGAAAAAGAAUCUAGCCCGGCGAAAGAGGUGCUGAGCCCAGAAAAGCUGGCAGCAAAAGAACCAUCACCAGUGACAGAAACGAAGGCACCAAGCCCUGUGAAAGACAUUCUAAGCUCUGAGAGGCCAUUAGAAAAAGAACCGUCACCAGUAAAAGAAACGAUGGCACCAAGCCCAGUUAAGGAAGAUGACGUGACACCGGUCACUGAAAAACCUUCAGAAAAAGAACCUAGCCCAGCGAAAGAGGUGCUGAGCCCAGAAAAGCUGGCAGCAAAAGAACCAUCACCAGUGACAGAAACGAAAGCACCAAGCCCUGUAAAAGACAUUCUGAGCUCUAAGAAGCUAUCAGAAAAAGAACCGUCACCAGUGAAAGAAACGAUGGCACCAAGCCCAGUUAAGGAAGAUGACGUGACACCGGUCACUGAAAAACCUUCAGAAAAAGAACCUAGCCCAGCGAAAGAGGUGCUGAGCCCAGAAAAGCUGGCAGAAAAAGCACCAUCACCAGUGACAGAAACAAAGGCACCAAGCCCUGAGAAAGACAUUUUGAGCCCAGACAAACCAUUAGAAAAAAAACCAUCACCAGUAAAAGAAACGAAGGCGCCAAGCCCAGUUAAGGAAGAUGACUUAACACCGGUCAUUGAAAAAUCUUUAGAAAAAGAACCUAGCCCAGCGAGAGAGGUGCUGAGCCCAGAAAAGCUGGCAGCAAAAGAACCAUCACCAGUGACAGAAACGAAGGCACCAAGCCCUGUGAAAGACAUUUUAAGCUCUGAGAAGCUAUCAGAAAAAGAACAGUCACCAGUAAAAGAAACGAUGGCACCAAGCCCAGUUAAGGAAGAUGACGUGACACCGGUCACUGAAAAACCUUCAGAAAAAGAACCUAGCCCAGCGAAAGAGGUGCUGAGCCCAGAAAAGCUGGCAGCAAAAGAACCAUCACCAGUGACAGAAACGAAGGCACCAAGCCCUGUGAAAGACAUUCUGAGCUCUGAGAGGCUAUCAGAAAAAGAACCGUCACCAGUGAAAGAAAUUAAGACACCAAGCCCAGUUAAAAAAGAUGACGUGACACCGGUCACUGAAAAACCUUCAGAAAAAGAACCUAGCCCAGCGAAAGAGGUGCUGAGCCCAGAAAAGCUGGCAGCAAAAGAACCAUCACCAGUGACAGAAACGAAGGCACCAAGCCCUGUGAAAGACAUUCGGAGCUCUGAAAGGUUAUCAGAAAAAGAACCGUCACCAGUGAAAGAAACGAGGGCACCAAGUCCAGUUAAAAAAGAUGACUUGACACCGGUCACUGAAAAACCUUCAGAUAAAGAACCUAGCCCAGCGAAAGAGGUGCUAAGCCCAGAAAAGCUGACAGCGAAAGAACCAUCACCAGUGACAGAAACGAAGGCACCAAGCCCUGUGAAAGACAUUCUAAGCUCUGAGAAGCUAUCAGAAAAAGAACAGUCACCAGUAAAAGAAACAAUGGCACCAAGCCCAGUUAAGGAAGAUGACGUGACACCGGUCACUGAAAAACCUUCAGAAAAAGAACCUAGCCCAGCGAAAGAGGUGCUGAGCCCAGGAAAGCUGGCAGAAAAAGAACCAUCACCAGUGACAGAAACAAAGGCACCAAGCCCUGAGAAAGACAUUUCGAGCCCAGACAAACCAUUAGAAAAAGAACCAUCACCAGUGAAAGAAACGAAGGCGCCAAGCCCAGUUAAGGAAGAUGACUUGACACCGGUCAUUGAAAAAUCUUUAGAAAAAGAACCUAGCCCAGCGAGAGAGGUGCUGAGCCCAGAAAAGCUGACAGCAAAAAAACCAUCAGCAGUGACAGAAAUAAAGGCAUCAAGCUCUGAGAAAGACAUUCUGAGCUCUGAGAAGCUAUCAGAAAAAGAACCGUCACCAGUGAAAGAAAUUAAGACGCCAAGCCCAGUUAAAGAAGAUGACUUGACACCGGUCACUGAAAAACCUUCAGAAAAAGAAUCUAGCCCAGCGGAAGAGAUGCUGAGCCCAGAAAAUCUGGCAGCAAAAGAACCGUCACUAGUGACAGAAACGAAGGCACCAAGCCCCGUGAAAGACAUUCUAAGCUCUGAGAGGCCAUUAGAAAAAGAACCGUCACCAGUAAAAGAAACGAAGGUACCAAGUCCAAUUAAGGAAGAUGACUUGACACUGGUCACUGAAAAACCUUCAGAUAAAGAACCAAGCCCAGCGAAAGAGGUGCUGAGCCCAGUAAAGCUGGCAGCAACAGAACUAUCACCAGUGACAGAAACGAAGGCACCAAGCCCUGUGAAAGACAUUCUGAGCUCUGAGAAGCCAUCAGAAAAAGAACCAUCACCAGUGAAAGAAACGAGGGCACCAAGUCCAGUUAAAGAAGAUGACUUGACACUGGUCACUGAAAAACCUUCAGAAAAAGAACCUAGCCCAGCGAAAGAGGUGCUAAGCCCAGAAAAGCUGACAGCGAAAGAACCAUCACCAGUGGCAGAAACAAAGGCACCAAGCCCUGAGAAAGACAUUCAGAGCUCUGAGAGGCCAUUAGAAAAAGAACAGUCACCAGUAAAAGAAACGAUGGCACCAAGCCCAGAUAAGGAAGAUGACAUGAAACCGGUCACUGAAAAACCUUCAGAAAAAGAACCUAGCCCAGCGAGAGAGGUGCUAAGCCCAGAAAAGCUGACAGCGAAAGAACCAUCACCAGUGAUAGAAACGAAGGCACCAAGCCCUCUGAAAGACAUUCUGAGCUCAGAGAAGCUAUCAGAAAAAGAACCGUCACCAGUGAAAGAAAUUAAGACGCCAAGCCCAGUUAAAGAAGAUGACUUGACACCGGUCACUGAAAAACCUUCAGAAAAAGAAUCUAGCCCAGCGAAAGAGGUGCUGAGCCCAGAAAAGCUGGCAGCAAAAGAACCAUCACCAGUGACAGAAACGAAGGCACCAAGCCCUGUGAAAGACAGUCUAAGCUCUGAGAGGCCACUAGAAAAAGAACAGUCACCAGUAAAAGAAACGAUGGCCCCAAGACCAGUUAAGGAAGAUGACGUGACACAGGUCAUUGAAAAACCUUCAGAAAAAGAACCUAGCCCAGCGAAAGAGGUGCUGAGCCCAGAAAAGCUGGCAGCAAAAGAACUAUCACCAGUGACAGAAACGAAGGCACCAAGCCCUGUGAAAGACAUUCUGAGCUCUGAGAAGCCAUCAGAAAAAGAACCGUCACCAGUGAAAGAAAUGAGGGCACCAAGUCCACUUAAGAAAGAUGACUUGACACCGGUCACUGAAAAACCUUCAGAUAAAGAACCUAGCCCAGCGAAAGAGCUGCUGAGCCCAGAAAAGCUGACAGCGAAAGAACCAUCACCAGUGAAAGAAACGAGGGCACCAAGUCCAGUUAAAGAAGAUGACUUGACACCGGUCACUGAAAAACCUUCAGAAAAAGAACCUAGCCCAGCGAAAAAGGUGCUAAGCCCAGAAAAGCUGACAGCGAAAGAACCAUCACCAGUGGCAGAAACAAAGGCACCAAGCCCUGAGAAAGACAUUCAGAGCUCUGAGAGGCCAUUAGAAAAAGAACAGUCACCAGUAAAAGAAACGAUGGCACCAAGCCCAGAUAAGGAAGAUGACAUGAAACCGGUCACUAAAAAACCUUCAGAAAAAGAACCUAGCCUAGCGAGAGAGGUGCUAAGCCCAGAAAAGCUGACAGCGAAAGAACCAUCACCAGUGAUAGAAACGAAGGCACCAAGCCCUCUGAAAGACAUUCUGAGCUCAGAGAAGCUAUCAGAAAAAGAACCGUCACCAGUGAAAGAAAUUAAGACGCCAAGCCCAGUAAAAGAAGAUGACUUGACACCGGUCACUGAAAAACCUUCAGAAAAAGAAUCUAGCCCAGCGAAAGAGGUGCUGAGCCCAGAAAAGCUGGCAGCAAAAGAACCAUCACCAGUGACAGAAACGAAGGCACCAAGCCCUGUGAAAGACAGUCUAAGCUCUGAGAGGCCACUAGAAAAAGAACCGUCACCAGUGAAAGAAAUGAGGGCACCAAGUCCACUUAAGAAAGAUGACUUGACAUCGGUCACUGAAAAACCUUCAGAUAAAGAACCUAGCCCAGCGAAAGAGCUGCUGAGCCCAGAAAAGCUGACAGCGAAAGAACCAUCACCAGUGACAGAAACAAAGGCACCAAGCCCUGUGAAAGACAUUCUGAGCUCUGAGAAGCCAUCAGAAAAAGAACCGUCACCAGUGAAAGAAAUUAAGACGCCAAGCCCAGUUAAAGAAGAUGAUUUGACACCGGUCACUGAAAAACCUUCAGAAAAAGAACCUAGCCCAGCGAAAGAGGUGCUGAGCCCAGAAAAGCUGGCAGAAAAAGAACCAUCACCAGUGACAGAAACAAAGGCACCAAGCCCUGAGAAAGACAUUCUGAGCUCUGAGAAACCAUCAGAAAAAGAACCGUCACCAGUGAAAGAAAUUAAGACGCCAAGCACAGUUAAAGAAGAUGACUUGACACCGGUCACUGAAAAACCUUCAGAAAAAGAAUCUAGCCAAGCGAAAGAGGUGCUGAGCCCAGAAAAGCUGGCAGCAAAAGAACCAUCACCAGUGACAGAAACGAAGGCACCAAGCCCUCUGAAAGACAUUCUGAGCUCUGAGAAGCCAUCAGAAAAAGAACCGUCACCAGUGAAAGAAAUGAGGGCACCAAGUCCACUUAAGAAAGAUGACUUGACACCGGUCACUGAAAAACCUUCAGAUAAAGAACCUAGCCCAGCGAAAGAGCUGCUGAGCCCAGAAAAGCUGACAGCGAAAGAACCAUCACCAGUGACAGAAACAAAGGCACCAAGCCCUGUGAAAGACAUUCUGAGCUCUGAGAAGCCAUCAGAAAAAGAACCGUCACCAGUGAAAGAAAUUAAGACGCCAAGCCCAGUUAAAGAAGAUGAUUUGACACCGGUCACUGAAAAACCUUCAGAAAAAGAACCUAGCCCAGCGAAAGAGGUGCUGAGCCCAGAAAAGCUGGCAGAAAAAGAACCAUCACCAGUGACAGAAACAAAGGCACCAAGCCCUGAGAAAGACAUUCUGAGCUCUGAGAAACCAUCAGAAAAAGAACCGUCACCAGUGAAAGAAAUUAAGACGCCAAGCACAGUUAAAGAAGAUGACUUGACACCGGUCACUGAAAAACCUUCAGAAAAAGAAUCUAGCCAAGCGAAAGAGGUGCUGAGCCCAGAAAAGCUGGCAGCAAAAGAACCAUCACCAGUGACAGAAACGAAGGCACCAAGCCCUGUGAAAGACAUUCUGAGCUCUGAGAAGCCAUCAGAAAAAGAACAGUCACCAGUAAAAGAAACGAUGGCCCCAAGCCCAGUUAAGGAAGAUGACGUGACACAGGUCACUGAAAAACCUUCAGAUAAAGAACCUAGCCCAGCGAAAGAGGUGCUAAGCCCAGAAAAGCUGACAGCGAAAGAACCAUCACCAGUGACAGAAACAAAGGCACCAAGCCCUGAGAAAGACAUUCUGAGCUCUGAGAAACCAUCAGAAAAAGAACCGUCACCAGUGAAAGAAAUUAAGACGCCAAGCCCAGUUAAAGAAGAUGAUUUGACACCGGUCACUGAAAAACCUUCAGAAAAAGAACCUAGCCCAGCGAAAGAGGUGCUGAGCCCAGAAAAGCUGGCAGAAAAAGAACCAUCACCAGUGACAGAAACAAAGGCACCAAGCCCUGAGAAUGACAUUCUGAGCUCUGAGAAACCAUCAGAAAAAGAACCGUCACCAGUGAAAGAAAUUAAGACGCAAAGCCCAGUUAAAGAAGAUGAAUUGACACCGGUCACUGAAAAACCUUCAGAAAAAGAACCUAGCCCAGCGAAAGAGCUGCUGAGCCCAGAAAAGCUGGCAGCAAAAGAACUAUCACCAGUGACAGAAACAAAGGCACCAAGCCCUGUGAAAGACAUUCUGAGCUCUGAGAAGCCAUCAGAAAAAGAACCGUCACCAGUGAAAGAAACGAGGGCACCAAGUCCAGUUAAAAAAGAUGACUUGACACCGGUCACUGAAAAACCUUCAGAUAAAGAACCUAUCCCAGCGAAAGAGGUACUAAGCCCAGAAAAGCUGACAGCGAAAGAACCAUCACCAGUGACAGAAACAAAGGCACCAAGCCCUGAGAAAGACAUUCUGAGCUCUGAGAAACCAUCAGAAAAAGAACCGUCACCAGUGAAAGAAAUUAAGACGCCAAGCCCAGUUAAAGAAGAUGACUUGACACCGGUCACUGAAAAACCUUCAGAAAAAGAACAUAGCCCAGCAAAAGAGCUGCUGAGCCCAGAAAAGCUGGCAGCAAAAGAACCAUCACCAGUGACAGAAACGAAGGCACCAAGCCCUGUGAAAGACAUUCUGUGCUCUGAGAAGCCAUCAGAAAAAGAACCGUCACCAGUGAAAGAAACGAGGGCACCAAGUCCAGUUAAAAAAGAUGACUUGACACCGGUCACUGAAAAACCUUCAGAUAAAGAACCUAGCCCAGCGAAAGAGGUGCUAAGCCCAGAAAAGCUGACAGCGAAAGAACCAUCACCAGUGACAGAAACAAAGGCACCAAGCCCUGAGAAAGACAUUCUGAGCUCUGAGAAACCAUCAGAAAAAGAACCGUCACCAGUGAAGGAAAUUAAGAUGCCAAGCCCAGUUAAAGAACAUGACUUGACACCUGUCAUUGAAAAAUCAUCAGGAAAAGAACCUAGCCCAGCAAGAGAGGUGCCGAGCACAGAUAAGCCUUCCGAUGAAAAACCAUCAGCGAUGAUAGAAAUAAAGGUACUAAGCCUUGAGAAAGACAUUCUGAGCUCUGUAAAGCCAUCAGAAAAAGAACCGGCACCUGUAAAAGAAACGAAGACGCCAAGCCCAGCUAAGGAAGUUGACUUGACACCGGUCACUGAGAAAUCUUCAGAAAAAGAACCUAGCCCAGCGAGAGAGGUGCUAAGCCCAGAAAAGCUGACAGCAAAAGAAUCAUCACCAGUGACAGAAACAAGGACACCAAGCCCUGAGAAAGACAUUCUGAGCUCUGAGAAGACAUCAGAAAAAGAACCGUCACCUGUGAAAGAAAUUAAGACGCCAAGCCCUGUUAAGGAAGAUGACAUAACACCGGUCAUUGAAAAAUCUCUAGAAAAAGAACCUAGCCCAGCGAGAGAGGUGCUGAGCCCAGAAAAGUCUUCAGAAGAAGAACCAUCGCCAGUUACCGAAACAAAGGCACUAAGCCCAGUUAAAGAAGAUGACUUGACAUCGGUCACUAAAAAACUUUCAGAAAAAGAACCUAGCCCAGCGCGAGAGAUGCUGAGCCCAGAAAAGCCUUUAAUAGAAGAACCAUCACUGGUGACAGAAACAAAGACAACAAGCCCUGAUAAAGUAGUUCCGAGCCCUGACAAACCAUCAGAAAAAGAACCGUCACCAGUAAAAGAAACGAAGGCGCCUAGCCCAGUUAAGAAAGAUGACUUAACACCGGUAAUUGAAAAAUCUCUAGAUAAAGAACCUAGCCCAGCGAGAGAAAUGCUAAGCCCAGAAAAGCUAACAGAAAAAGAACCAUCGCCAGGGAUAGAAACAAAGGCGCCAAGCCCUGAGAAAGACAUUCUGAGCUCUGAAAGGCCAUUAAAAAAGGAAGCCUUACCAGUCAAAGAAACGAAGGUACCAAGCCCUGUUAAGGAAGAUGACUUGACAUCGGUCACUGGUAAACCUUCAGAAAAAGAAACAUCUCCAGUAAAAAAAUCGAAAGCGCCAAGCCCAGUUAAAAAAGAUGACAUGAAACCGGUCACUGAUAAACCUUCAGAAAAAGAACCUAGCCCAGCGACAGAGGUGCCGAGCCCAGAAAAGCCUUCAAAAAAAGAACCAUCACUGGUAACAGACACAAAGGCAACAAGCCCUGAUAAAGUAGUUCCGAGCCCUGGCAUACCAUCAGAAAAAGAACCGUCACCAGUAAAAGAAACGAAAGCCCCUAGCCCAGUUAAGAAAGAUGACUUGACACCAGUCACUGAAAAAUCCUCAGAAAAAGAACCCAGCCCAGCGAAAGAGGUGUUGAGCCCAGAAAAGCUGGUAGAAAAAGAACUAUCACCAGUGACAGAAACGAAGGCACCAAGCCCUGUGAAAGACAUUCUGAGCUCUGAGAAGCCAUCAGAAAAAGAACCGUCACCAGUGAAAGAAAUGAGGGCACCAAGUCCAGUUAAGGAAGAUGACUUGACAUCGGGCACUGAAAAACCUUCAGAUAAAGAACCUAGCCCAGCGAAAGAUAUGCUGAGCCCAGAAAAGCUGACAGCGAAAGAACCAUCACCAGUGACAGAAACAAAGGCACCAAGCCCUGAGAAAGACAUUCUGAGCUCUAAGAAACUAUCAGAAAAAGAACCGUCACCAGUGAAAGAAACGAGGAAACCAAGUCCAGUUAAAGAAGAUGACUUGACACCGGUCACUGAAAAACCUUCAGAAAAAGAAUCUAGCCCAGCGAGAGAGCUGCUAAGCCCAGAAAAGCUGACUGCAAAAGAAUCAUCACCAGUGACAAAGACACCGAGCCCUGAGAAAGACAUUCUGAGCUCUGAGAAGCCAUCAGAAAAAGAACCGUCACCAGUGAAAGAAAUUAAGACGCCAAGCCCAAUUAAGGAAGAUGACUUGACACGGGUCACUAAAAAACCUUCAGAAAAAGAACCUAGCCCAGUGACAGAGGUACCAAGAUCAGAAAAGCCUUCAAAAGAAGAACCAUCACUAGUAACAGAAACAAAGGCAACAAGCCCUGAUAAAGUAGUUCCGAGCCCUGACAAACCAUCAGAAAAAGAACCGUCACCAAUAAAAGAAACAAAGGCGCCAAGCCCAGUUAAGAAAGAUGACAUAAUACCGGUCAUUGAAAAAUCUCUAGAAAAAGAACCUAGCCCAGCGAGAGAGGUGCUGACCGCAAAAGAACCAUCGCCAGUGAUAGAAAAAAAGGCACCAAGCCCUGAGAAAGACAUUCUGAGCUCUGAAAGGCAAUUAGAAAAAGAACAGUCACCAGUGAAAAAAACGAAGGCACCAAGCCCAGCUAAGGAAGAUGACUUGACACCGGUCACUGAAAAACCCUCAGAAAAAAAACCUUGCCCAGCGAGAGAGGUGCUGAGCCCAGAAAAGCCUUUAAAAGAAGAACCAUCACUAGUAACAGUAACAAAGGCAACAAGCCCGGAUAAAGUAGUUCCGAGCCCUGACAAACCAUCAGAAAAAGAACCGUCACCAAUAAAAGAAACAAAGGCGCCAAGCCCGGUUAAGGAAGAUGAUUUAACACCGGUCAUUGAAAAAUCUCUAGAAAAAGAACCUAGCCUAGCGAGAGAAAAGCUGACAGCAAAAGAACCAUCGCCGGUGGUAGAAAAAAAGGCACCAAGCCCUGAGAAAGACAUUCUGAGCUCUGAGAGGCCAUUAGAAAAAGAACCGUCACCAGUAAGAGAAACGAAGGCACCAAGCCCUGUGAAAGACAUUCUGAGCUCUGAGAAGCCAUCAGAAAAAGAACCGUCACCAGUGAAAGAAACGAAGGCACCAAGUCCAGUUAAGGAAGAUGACUUGACACCGGUCACUGAAAAACCUUCAGAUAAAGAACCUAGCCCAGUGAAAAAGGUGCUGAGCCCAGAAAAGCUAAAAGCAAAAAAACCAUCAGUAGUGACAGAAGUAAAGGCACCAAGCCCUGAGAAAGACAUUCUCAGCUCUGAGAAGCCAUCGGAAAAAGAACCGUCACGAGUGAAAGAAACAAAGACGCCAAGCCCAGUUAAGAAAGAUGAUUUGAUAUGGGGCACUGAAAAACCUUCAAAAAAAGAACCUGGCUCAGCGACAGAAUUACCGAGACCACAAAAGCUUUCAAAAGAAGAACCAUCACUAGUUAUAGAAACAAAGGCAACAAGCCCUGAUAAAACAGUGCCGAGCCCUGACAAACCAUCAGAAAAAGAACCGUCACCAAUAAAAGAAACAAAGGCGCCAAGCCCAGCUAAGGAAGAUGACUUGACACCGGUCACUGAAAAAUCUUCAGAAAAAGAACCUAGCCCAGCAAGAGAGGUGCUGAGUCCAGAAAAGCUGACAGCAAAAGAAUCAUCACCAGUGACAGAAACAAAGACACUGAGCCCUGAGAAAGACAUUCUGAGCUCUGAGAGGCCAUUAGAAAAAGCACUGUCGCCAGUGAAAGAAACGAAGGCUCCAAGCCCAGUUAAUGAAGAUGACUUGACACAGGUCACUAAAAAACCAUUAGAAAAAGCAGCAAGCCCAGCGGGAGAGGUGCAGAGCCCAGAAAAGCCUUCUGAAAAAGAACCAUCACCGGUGAUAGAAACUAAAACACCAAGCCCUGAUAUGGGUGCUCUAAGCUCUGAGAAGUCAUCAGAAAAAGAAACUAGCCCAGCGAGACAGCUGCUAAGCCCAGAAAAGCUUACAGCAAAAGAAUUAUCUCCAGUGACAGAAACUAAGACACCAAGCCCUGAGAAAGAAAUUCUGAGCUCUGAGAGGCCAUUAGAAAAAGAACCGUCACCAGUGAAAGAAACGAAGGCACCAAGCCCUGAGAAAGACAUUCUGAGCUCUGAGAGGCCAUUAGAAAAAGAACCGUCACCAGUGAAAGAAACGAAGGCACCAAGCCCUGUGAAAGACAUUCUGAGCUCUGAGAAGCCAUCAGAAAAAGAACCGUCACAAGUGAAAGAAACUAAGACGCCAAGCCCAGUUAAAGAAGAUGACUUGACACCAGUCAUUGAACAAUUAUCAGAAAAAGAACUUAGCCCAGCGAGAGAAAUGCUGAGCCCAGAAAAGCUGACAGCAAAAGAUCCAUCACCAGUGAUAAAAACAAAGACACCAAGCCCUGAUAAAGACAUUCUGAGCUCUGAGAGGUCAUUAGAAAAGGAACCAUCACCAGUAAAAGAAAUGAUGGCACCAAGCCCUGUUAAGGAAGAUGACUUGACAUCGGUCCCUGAAAAACCUUCAGAAAAAGAACCUAGCCCAGCAAGAGAGGUGCUGAGCCCAGAAAAGCCUUCCGAAAAAGAGCCAUCACCGGUUAUAGAAACUAAGUCACCAAGCCCUGAAAAAGACAUUCUGAGCUCUGAGAGGCCAUCAGAAAAAGAACCGUCACCAGUGAAAGAAAUUAAGACGCCAAGCCCAGUUAAGGAAGAUGACAUGACUCCAGUCAUUGAAAAAUCAUCAGGAAAAGAACCUAGCCCAGCAAGAGAGGUGCCGAGCACAGAUAAGCCUUCAAAAGAAGAACCAUCACUAGUAACAGAAACAAAGGCAUCAAGCCCUGAUAAUGCAGUUUCGAGCCCUGACUUACCAUCAGAAAGAGAACCGUCACCAGUAAAAGAAACGAAGGUGCCAAGUUCAGUUAAGAAAGACGACUUAUCACCGGUCAUUGAAAAAUCUUCAAAAAAAGAAACUAGCCCAGCGAGAGAAAUACUGAGCCCAGAAAAGCUGCCAUCAAAAGAACCAUCACCAGUAAUAGAAAAGAAAGCACCAAGCCCUGAAAAGGACAUUCUGAGCCCAGAAAAACCAUUAGAAAAAGUACCGUCAGCAGUAAAGGAAACGAAGGCGCCAAGCCUAGUUAGGGAAGAUGACUUCACACCAGUCAUUGAAAUACCAUCAGAAAAUGAACCUAGCCCAGCAAGAGAAAUGCUGAGCCCAGAAAAGCUUACAUCAAAAGAACCAUCACCAGUGCCAGAAACAAAAACACCAAGCCCUGAGAAAGACAUUCUAAGCUCUGAGAAGCCAUCAGAAAGACAACCGUCACCAGUAAAAGAAAAGAAGGCGCCAAGUCCAAUUAAGGAAGAGGACCUAAAAUCAGUCGUUGAAAAACCAUCAAUAAAAGAACCUAGCCCAGCGAGAACAGUGUUGAGCCCUGAAAAGUUAACAGAAAAAGAACCAUCGCCAGUGACAGAAAUAAAGGCACCAAGUCCUGAGAAAGACAUUCUAAGCUCUGAGAAGCCAUCAGAAAAAGAACCCUCACAAGUAAAAGAAACAAAGUCGCCAAGUCCAGUUAAGGAAGAUGACUUAAAACCAGUCAUUGAAAAGCCAUCAGAAAAAGAACCUAGCCCAGCCAGAGAAAUACUGAGCCCAGAGAAGCUUACAGCAAAAGAACCAUCACCAGUGAUAGAAACAAAAGAACUAAGCCCUGAGAAGGACAUUCUAAGCCCAGAAAAACCAAUAGAAAAAGAACCGUCUCCAGUAAAGGAAACGAAGGUGCCAAGCUUAGUUACGGAAGAUGACAUAACACCAAUCAUUGAAAUACCAUCAGAAAAAGAACCUAGCCCAGCAAGGGAGGUACCUAGCCUAGAAAAGCUAACAUCAAAAGAACCAUCAACAUUGUCUGAAAUAAAGGCACCAAGCCCUGAGAAAGACAUUCUGAGCUCUGACAAGCCAUCAGAAAAAGAACCGUCACCAGUGAAAGAAAAGAAGGCACCAAGUCCAGUUAAGGAAGAUGAAAAACCAUUAGAAAAAGAACCUAGCCCAGCGAGAGAAGUGCUGAGCCCGAAAAAGCUUACAGAAAAAGAACCAUCGCCCGUGACAGAAACGAAGGCACCAAGCCCAGUUAAAGAAGAUGAUUUGACAUCGGUCACUGAAAAACUUUCAGAAAAAAAAUCUAGCCCAGCGCGAGAGGUGCUGAGCCCAGAAAAGCCUUCAAAAGAAGAACCAUCACUGGUAACAGAAACAAAGGCAACAAGCCCUGAUAAAUUAGUUUCGAGCCCUGACAUACCAUCAGAAAAAGAACUGUCAACAGUAAAAGAAAAAAAGGCACCAAGCCCAGUUAAGGAAGAUGACUUAACACCGAUAAUUGAAAAAUCUUUAAAAAAAGAACCUAGCCCAGUGAGAGAAAUGCUGAGCCCAGAAAAGCUGACGGCAGAAAAACCAUCACCAGUAUCAGAAAUAAAGGCACCAAGCCUUGAGAAAGAUAUUCUGAGCUCUGAGAAGCCAUCAGAGAAAGAACCGUCACCAGUGAUAAAAACACAGACACCAAAGCCUGAGAAAGACAUUCUGAGCCCUGACAAAUCAUUAGAAAAAGAACCGGCACCAGUAAAAGAAACGAAGGUACCUAGCCCAAUUAAGAAAGAUGACGUGACACCGGUCACUGAAAAACCUUCAGAAAAAGAACCUAGCCCACCGAAAGAGGUGCUGAGCCCAGAAAAGCUGGCAGCAAAAGAAUUAUCUCCAGUGACAGAAACGAAGGCACCAAGCCCUGUGAAAGACAUUCUGAGCUCUGAGAAGCCAUCAGAAAAAGAACCAUCACCAGUGAAAGAAACGAAGGCACCAAGUCCAGUUAAGGAAGAUGACUUGACACCGGACACUGAAAAACCUUCAGAUAAAGAACCUAGCCCAGUGAAAGAGGUGCUGAGCCCAGAAAAGCUGACAGCGAAAGAACCAUCACCAGUGACAGAAACAAAGGCACCAAGCCCUGAGAAACACAUUCUGAGCUCUGAGAAGCCAUCAGAAAAAGAACCGUCACCAGUAAAAGAAACGAAGGCGCCAAGCCCAGUUAAGGAAGAUGACUUAACAGCGGUCAUUAAAAAAUCUUCAGGAAAAGAAGCUAGCCCAACAAGAGAAAUGCUGAGCCCAGAAAAGCUUACAUCAAAAGAACCAUCACCAGUGUCAGAAAUAAAGGCAUCAAGCCCUGAGAAAACCAUUCUGAGCUCUGAGAAGCCAUCAGAAAAAGAACCGUCACCAGUGAAAGAAACGAAGGCGCCAAGCCCAGUUAAGGAAAGUGACUUUAUACCGGUUGUUGAAAAAUCUUUAGAAAAAGAACCUAGCCCAGCAAGAGAAAUGCUGAGCCCAGAAAAGCUUACAUCAAUAGAACCAUCACCAGUGUCAGAAAUAAAAGCACCAAGCCCUGAGAAACACAUUCUGAGCUCUGAGAAGCCAUCAGAAAAAGAACCGUUACCAGUAAAAGAAACGAAGGCGCCAAGCCCAGUUAAGGAAGAUGACUUAACAGCGGUCAUUAAAAAAUCUUCAGGAAAAGAAGCUAGCCCAACAAGAGAAAUGCUGAGCCCAGAAAAGCUGACAGCGAAAGAACCAUCACCAGUGACAGAAACAAAGGCACCAAGCCCUGAGAAAGACAUUUUGAGCCCAGACAAACCAUUAGAAAAAGAACCAUCACCAGUAAAAGAAACGAAGGCGCCAAGCCCAGUUAAGGAAGAUGACUUAACACCGGUCAUUGAAAAAUCUUUAGGAAAAGAACCUAGCCCAGCGAGAGAAAUGCUGAGCCCAGAAAAGCUUACAUCAAUUGAACCAUCACCAGUGUCAGAAAUAAAAGCACCAAGCCCUGAGAAACACAUUCUGAGCUCUGAGAAGCCAUCAGAAAAAGAACCGUCACCAGUGAAAGAAACGAAGGCGCCAAGCCCAGUUAAGGAAGAUGACUUAACAGCGGUCAUUAAAAAAUCUUCAGGAAAAGAAGCUAGCCCAACAAGAGAAAUGCUGAGCCCAGAAAAGCUUACAUCAAAAGAACCAUCACCAGUGUCAGAAAUAAAGGCAUCAAGCCCUGAGAAAACCAUUCUGAGCUCUGAGAAGCCAUCAGAAAAAGAACCGUCACCAGUGAAAGAAACGAAGGCGCCAAGCCCAGUUAAGGAAAGUGACUUUAUACCGGUUGUUGAAAAAUCUUCAGAAAAAGAACCUAGCCCAGCAAGAGAAAUGCUGAGCCCAGAAAAGCUUACAUCAAAAGAACCAUCACCAGUGCCAGAAACAAAAACACCAAGCCCUGAGAAAGACAUUCUGAGCCCAGACAAAUCAUUAGAAAAAGAACCGUCACCAGUAAAAGAAACGAAGGCGCCAAGCCCAGUUAAGGAAGAUGACUUAACACCGGUCAUUGAAAAAUCUUCAGAAAAGGAACCUAGCCCAGCAAAUGAAAUGCUGAGCCCAGAAAAGCUUACAUCAAAAGAACCAUCACCAGUGCCAGAAACAAAAACACCAAGCCCUGAGAAAGACAUUCUGAGCCCAGACAAAUCAUUAGAAAAAGAACCGUCACCAGUAAAAGAAACGAAGGCGCCAAGCCCAGUUAAGGAAGAUGACUUAACACCGGUCAUUGAAAAAUCUUCAGAAAAGGAACCUAGCCCAGCAAGAGAAAUGCUGAGCCCAGAAAAGCUUACAUCAAAAGAACCAUCACCAGUGCCAGAAACAAAAACACCAAGCCCUGAGAAAGACAUUCUGAGCCCAGACAAAUCAUUAGAAAAAGAACCGUCACCAGUAAAAGAAACGAAGGCGCCAAGCCCAGUUAAGGAAGAUGACUUAACACCGGUCAUUGAAAAAUCUUCAGAAAAGGAACCUAGCCCAGCAAGAGAAAUGCUGAGCCCAGAAAAGCUUACAUCAAAAGAACCAUCACCAGUGCCAGAAACAAAAACACCAAGCCCUGAGAAAGACAUUCUGAGCCCAGACAAAUCAUUAGAAAAAGAACCGUCACCAGUAAAAGAAACGAAGGCGCCAAGCCCAGUUAAGGAAGAUGACUUAACACCGGUCAUUGAAAAAUCUUCAGAAAAGGAACCUAGCCCAGCAAGAGAAAUGCUGAGCCCAGAAAAGCUUACAUCAAAAGAACCAUCAUCAGUGUCAGAAACAAAAACACCAAGCCCCGAGAAAGACAUUCUGAGCCCAGACAAAUCAUCAGAAAAAGAACCGUCACCAGUAAAAGAAACGAAGGCGCCAAGCCCAGUUAAGGAAGAUGACUUAACACCGGUCAUUGAAAAAUCUUCAGAAAAGGAACCUAGCCCAGCAAGAGAAAUGCUGAGCCCAGAAAAGCUUACAUCAAAAGAACCAUCACCAGUGCCAGAAACAAAAACACCAAGCCCUGAGAAAGACAUUCUGAGCCCAGACAAAUCAUUAGAAAAAGAACCGUCACCAGUAAAAGAAACGAAGGCGCCAAGCCCAGUUAAGGAAGAUGACUUAACACCGGUCAUUGAAAAAUCUUCAGAAAAGGAACCUAGCCCAGCAAGAGAAAUGCUGAUCCCAGAAAAGCUUACAUCAAUAGAACCAUCACCAGUGUCAGAAAUAAAAGCACCAAGUCCCGAGAAAAACAUUCUGAGCUCUGAGAAGCCAUCAGAAAAAGAACCGUCACCAGUAAAAGAAACGAAGGCGCCAAGCCCAGUUAAGGAAGAUGACUUAACAGCGGUCAUUAAAAUAUCUUCAGGAAAAGAACCUAGCCCAACAAGAGAAAUGCUGAGCCCAGAAAAGCUUAUAUUAAAAGAACCAUCACCAGUGUCAGAAAUAAAGGCAUCAAGCCCUGAGAAAACCAUUCUGAGCUCUGAGAAGCCAUCAGAAAAAGAACCAUCACCAGUGCCAGAAACAAAAACACCAAGCCCUGAGAAAGACAUUCUGAGCCCAGACAAAUCAUUAGAAAAAGAACCGUCACCAGUAAAAGAAACGAAGGCGCCAAGCCCAGUUAAGGAAGAUGACUUAACACCGGUCAUUGAAAAAUCUUCAGAAAAGGAACCUAGCCCAGCAAGAGAAAUGCUGAGCCCAGAAAAGCUUACAUCAAUAGAACCAUCACCAGUGUCAGAAAUAAAAGCACCAAGCCCUGAGAAAAAUAUUCUGAGCUCUGAGAAGCCAUCAGAAAAAGAACCGUCACCAGUAAAAGAAACGAAGGCGCCAAGCCCAGUUAAGGAAGAUGACUUAACAGCGGUCAUUAAAAUAUCUUCAGGGAAAGAACCUAGCCCAACAAGAGAAAUGCUGAGCCCAGAAAAGCUUAUAUUAAAAGAACCAUCACCAGUGUCAGAAAUAAAGGCAUCAAGCCCUGAGAAAACCAUUCUGAGCUCUGAGAAGCCAUCAGAAAAAGAACCAUCACCAGUGAUAGAAACAAAAACACCAAGCCCUGAGAAAGACAUUCUGAGCCCAGACAAAUCAUUAGAAAAAGAACCGUCACCAGUAAAAGAAACCAAGGCGCCAAGCCCAGUUAAGGAAGAUGACUUAACACCGGUCAUUGAAAAAUCUUCAGAAAGGGAACCUAGCCCAGCAAGAGAAAUGUUGAGCCCAGAAAAGCUUACAUCAAAAGAACCAUCACCAGUGAUAGAAACAAAAACACCAAGCCCUGAGAAAGACAUUCUGAGCCCAGACAAAUCAUUAGAAAAAGAACCGUCACCAGUAAAAGAAACGAAGGCGCCAAGCCCAGUUAAGGAAGAUGACUUAACACCGGUCAUUGAAAAAUCUUCAGAAAGGGAACCUAGCCCAGCAAGAGAAAUGCUGAGCCCAGAAAAGCUUACAUCAAAAGAACCAUCACCAGUGUCAGAAAUAAAGGCACCAAGCCCUGAGAAAACCAUUCUGAGCUCUAAGAAACCACCAGAAAAAGAACCAUCACCAGUAAAACAAACAAAGGCACCAAGCCCUGAUAUAGACGUUGCGAUCUCUGCGAAACCAUCAGACGAAGAACUGUCACUGGUGAAAGAAGCGAAGUCGCCGAGCCCUGUAAAGGAAGAUGACUUGACACCGAUUAUUGAAAAACUAUCAGUAAAAGAACCUAGCCCAGUAAAAGAGGUGCUAAGCCUAGAAAAGUUUAUAGAAAAAGAACCUUCAGUGACAGAAACAGAGACACCAAGCCCAGAGAAAGAUAUUCAAAAAUCUGCGAAAUUAUCAGAAAAAGAAUCAUCCUCAGAUAAAAUAAAGAAAUCACCAAUCACUAAGGAAGACAUUUUAAGUUCUGCGAAACCAUUAGAAAAAGAAUUGUCUUUAGUGCGAGAUACGAUUGUGUCAAGUCCAGUUAAGGAUGAUGGCUUGAAACCAGUCAUGGACAAACCUUCAGAAAAAGAAUUUAGCCCAGCGAGGGAGGUUGCGAACCCGGAAAAACCUUUCGAAAAAGAACUAUCACCGGUGAUAGAAACAAAGGCACCAAGCCCUGAGAAAGACGUUACGAGCUCUAAGAAACGAUCAGAAAAAGAACCGUCUCCAGUAAAAGAAACGAGGGCACCAAGCCCACUUAAGAAAGAUCACCUAGAACCGGUCAUUGAAAAACCAUCUAAAAAAGAACCUAGCCCAGCAAGAGAAGUGCUUUGCUCAGAAAAUCUUACAGAAAAAGAAACAACACCAGUUAAAGAUAUAAAGACACCAAGCCCUGAAAAAGACAUUCUGAGCUCUAGGAAGCUGUCAGAAAUAGAACCUAGCCCAAUGAGAGAGGGGUUAAGCCCAGAAAAGCCUUCAGAAGAGAAAGACGUUUCGAGCUCUGCAAAGCCAUCAGAAAAAGAACCGUCACCAGUAAAAGAAACGAAGGCGCCAAGCCCAGUUAAGGAAGGUGACUUAAAAUCAGUCAUUGAAAAACCAUCAGAAAAAGAACCUAGCCCAGAAAUAGAGUUGCUGAGCCCUGAAAAGCCUUCACAAAAAGAACUACUACUGGUGACAGAUACAAAGGCACAAUGUAUUAAGAAAGAAGUUUACAGCUCUGUGAAACUAUCAGAAAGUGAACCACCACCAGUGAAAGAAUCAGAAGUAUCAAGCCCAGUUAAGGAGGAUGUCGCGAAACCAGUCAUUGAAAAAUCCUUGGAAAAAGAACCAGUCACUGGAAUAAAAGCACCGAGCCUAGAAAAAGACGUUUCAAACUCUGAAAAGCUAUCAGACAAGAAAUCAUCACUAACGAAAGAAACAAAGCUUCUUAGCUCAGACAAGCAAGAUGACAUGAAAUCUGUGUUUGAAAAAUCCGUGGAAAAAGAACCAAGCUCAGCGAGAGAGGUUCUUAGCGCUGAAAUUCCACCUGAAAAAGAACCGACACCAGACAAAGAUAAGGAAUUAAGCCCUAAUAAUCGGAGCUCAAAGAAGCCAUUUGAAAAACAACCAUCACCAGUUAUAGAAACGAAGGCGCCUCUCUUAGUUAAAGAAGAUCACAUAACACCAGUCAAUAACAAAGAUAUGGGUGUGAGUUAUAAAAAAGAACAAAGAUUAGGGUCUACGUUACACGAAAUUGAUAUGUUUGAUUUACAUCAAUUUUCUUUUGUUGAGGAUACUUCCGUCUCACAAGAAAAACAAGAAAAAACGCUUUCAGUUAAUGGCAAAAACGUAUUGCAGAUUUUAACAAUAACUACAACUAAAGAAAUUUUAACAAACGAGACGAGAUCAUGUCGCAAACUCAGAACAUCUAUCGUAACUGUAACUGAGUCUAUUUUGCCUGACGGAAUUAGAGAAGAAACUAAAGAUAUUAAAGUUUAUAUUUCUGAUUACGGAUUUGAAUUAGACACUACUGAUGACUUUGAAGAAAUCGGUUCGCCAACUGUUGAAACUGUUACCGAGACUAAAUUAAUUUUUAUUAAUCAAGAACAAAUAGAGCAAACUAUAACAAAGAAGACUAUUAGACAAUAUUUACGAAAUAAACAUAAUGAUGUUAAAAUAAUAAGGGUAACUGUCGAAAUCGUUACUGAAGAUAUUAAACCAGAUGGUUCCAAAAACAUUACAACCAGCGAAUAUGUUACAUUUUUGGAUGAAUCUUUUAAUUUAAAACCAAUUGAAGAGUAUAUUCAUUCCAGUAAACUAGAUACAUUAAUGUCAACAUUACCUGAUCAAACAGCUGCUAGUUCAAGUAUAUUUAAUGUUAAGUCGUCUACAGAUGUUAUUGAUACUCCUGAAGGAUUUUAUCUUAUAAGGGAGCCUAAAGAAAUCAUUACUAAAAAGACAGAAUUCGUUGUCGAAAAUGAUGUUACAAUUAAAAGAAGAACUACGAUUACAGAAGUAAAACAUAUUUUUGCAGAAAAACACUCUAGCACAUAUAGGACUAGAACCAACAUCAGAACAACCAUUGAAGAUGAAUACCCCGAUGGAAGUACUUCUAUAAAAUCUAGCGAAAAGAUAUUUAUUACUGAUGAUAUCUACGAAGAAGAUAAAGUAGAAAAUACCUACACAGAAGUAACGGACGAAUUUGAUGGGUUUGAACUAUUAAAUGAUCCAAUUGAAGAGAUCGAAACAAAUACUGUUUCUAUUACAGAAAAUGGUAUACCUAUAAAAAGAAAGUUUAUUAUUAAAAAAGUAACAAAAUAUUUUUAUAAUCUUUCGAAAAUGGUACAACGUAUGAAAAUUAUUGUUACAACAAUUACAGAAGAUGAGUUCCCAGAUGGUAACGUUAGUAUCAAAACUAGUGAAGAAAUUUCAAUCAAAGAUGACAUUUUACAUCCCAAUUUAGUAAAGGAAAAGAAAAAUGAAGAGGACAAUAUAACAAUCGAAAUGGAAAAACACAAAGAAAUAGAUAUUAAUGAACAAAAAUCAGUUCAAUUGAAUGGUCAUUCUUUUGUAGAAAAUUUACCAGUCACAACAAGCCAACAUGAACGUGAGUCAUCAAGCAAUAAACAAGAGAUAUAUAUUUCAAAAAUGAACGAUUUGUGUGAUACAACUGCAAACUUUGAAAAUUUAAGUAUGCAAGACAUUUUAUUACCAAAAAAAACUCACGACGAAAUCAACAAAAGCUUAAAAGCAUCUACUCGGAUAAAUUUAGUACAAGAAACUGAGCAACUAUUACACGAAGAAAGGUCAUUAACAUCACAGCAUGUACCUGUAUUAAAAAAAAGUAAAGACUUAUCAAGUAAAAGUGAGUUUGAUCAAAAUGUCACAUCUUCAACUGAUAACAUUAAUAUUGAUGGAGAAAAUAUCUUGAAAACAAUAGUUCACAGUAGUUCCGAAGAUAUUUCAAAAGAAACAAGCUUAGAAGAGAAAUAUUCUUUUGAAAGUACCGAAAAGAGUGAAAAAUCGGGUAUUAAGAAAUUAAAAGAAAGUGAUGAAUUUUCAAAAUCUAAAGAUCAAAGUACAUGCUUCACGAGUUUACAAUCAAAAUCUUUAGGUGGUGAUCUUGAGUUAUCAAAAGAUGAAAUUAUAUUAUCAGAAGCCUCAGAUUCAGGAGUACAUAGUAUUGUUACAGAAUGUGAUCAAUCGAUUCCUACAGUUUGCUCUUCAUUGUUUACUGACAAUGUAGAUCAUUUUAUGCAAUCUAUUCAUGAAGCUUUUAGUGAAGAUAAAGUACAACAAGGUAUAAAAACGGAAAGUAUUGAGCCUCUGAUAGUUUGUCCUGAGGAUGACAGGGUAUCAACACCUCCAACUGUUCCUGUAAGUCCAUUGCCAAAAAUACCUAGUAAUUUCCAAGAUAUUAAAAUGAGUGAUGGUGUCCAAAGUGAAGUAACAUAUGACAAGUCUGAUGGUACUGAAGAAACUAUAACAAAAGUUGUACAUGUUGGCGAUGAUAUACUAACACAAAAAAUAUCGACUUCGACUGAAAAAGUUCCGAAAUAUAGCUCAGAGAAGGAUGAAACUUCUGACAUUUCAACUUUAUUGCAAACAAUGGGCAAAAUAAAAACUGAAACUGAUACAGUGACAAAAAUAAUCAAAGAAGGUGAAAACGUUGUAACACAAACAAUUACUACAGUCACAACAAAAGAAAUUAUUUCCAGGGAAGACGGAACUCCGCAAAAUGUUAAAACUACCAUCGAAACUACUACUCUGAGUAAAAGUUCAGAUGGUUCCACGACAACCACCAAAGAUACUCAAACACUUUUAUCAGAGUGCUCUUCUACUCUUAAAUCUACCUCUUUAAUGGAUUUAUACGCAAAAGAUAAAAAAAUUGAUAAAUUAUAUCUAGAUACGAGUAAUGACAAAACUGAGCAUAUAUCAGAACACAAAGAUGUUUGUGAGAGUUCUCGUAAAACUCCUUUGAAAUUUAAAGACGAAUUAACUGAUGGGCUUUUCAAAUCAGAGUAUAUAUUGGAAUCUGAUGACUCUGAUGAUAAUGUUGAAGAUACUAUUAUUGAUACGGAUGUUAGCAAGCGAAUUAUCAAAGAUAAUGAUAAAGAUAUUAUUGAAACCGUAACAACUGUAACAAAAAAAGAAACAAUUAGAGUAAACGUUAAUAAAAAAAUUAUUAAGACGACUAUUGAGACGAACAUAACUAAAGAGAAUCCUGAUGGUUCUAGGGAUAUUCAAAAAAAUGUAGAAGUUAAGACAGAAGAAGUAUUGGUUGAUGCUGAUGCCAAUAAUCUAGACAAUAUUUUGUCUGAAUUUGUAUUAUAUGGAGAUCCUGAAGAAACAGUUUCAACAAAAUCAGAAGAAAUUAACAAAGGUGAUAUCAUUGUCAAAAGAACUACGUUAACUAGGACUAUCAAAACAAAGUAUGCAGAUAGUUAUGGUAAAAUACAAAAGAUUAAGUUUGUUACUACUGUAACAACUACAGACGAUUAUCCAGAUGGCUCAUCUCGUACAAAAAUUGAUUGCAGCACUUCUUUAUCUGAUGUGGAAGACACAGAUGUUAUAGAAACAACGGAACUUAUUGAUUAUACAAUACUAGAGGAGAAGACAGUAAACGUUGAUAAAGUCGAAAAAUCUAUCAUUAUUGAAGGGAAAACGAUUAAUCAAAUUAUCACAACAAUAGUCACAACGGAAGUUCUUGCUAAUAUAGAUCUAUCUAAGAAAAAAAUAAAAACAACAACAGAAACUGUUACUGAAUCCAUAUAUCCCGAUGGAAUCACUGAAGUAAAUAAACAAUCUAAAGUUGUUAUUUCAGAUUUUAUAACUGAUAAGGAGGAUGACUUACCAGAAGGUUUCAUUAGCGCAGGAGAUCCUAAAGUAGAAAUUAAGGAAGAAACAGAAGUUAUUACUGUGAAUGGAAUAAAUAUUAGAAGAAAAACAAUAGUGACAAUCACAAAACAAGAAUUUCACAAUUCUCUUGAAAAUAUUAAACGAAUUAAAACAGUUACAAAAACAGUUCUAGAAGAUGAGCACCCUGAUGGAUCUGUUAUUACAAAAACUAGUGAAAAAACUUCGAUAACCGAUGAAAUACUAAACACAUCACAAAUAACACAAAUACACAAAGACGUAAUUAAAGAAGAACCGACCUCUACAUCUAUUUCUGAAGACAGUCAUAUUGAAGAACUAUUAAAAGAAUUUACAUUGGUUGGUGAUCCAGAAGAAACAGAAACAAGUGAUGUUAAAGAAAUAAAACAUGAAGACCUAGUGAUAAAUAGGACAAUUGUAACUAAAAUAGUUAAAACAAAAUAUGCCGAUACAUAUGGUGCUAUUAAAAAAAUAAAAACUUUAACAACUAUUACAACUACAGACAACUACCCCGAUGGCUCGUCACGCAUUAGUGUAGAGAAAAAACAGUCAAUAGCUGAUAUUGACGAAGAAGGUUUGUCACAACCUGAAGAACUUCAGGAAUUUACCAAGUUGAUUGACAAAACCGUAGACGUUGAUAAUCAUCAAAAAACUAUAAUAAGAGAUGGCAAUAAUGUUAACCAGAUUAUUAAUAUUAUGACUACAAAAGAAAUACUUGCAACGAAAAAUGAAGAAAAAAAAAUUGUCAAAACAACUACUGAAACUAUAACUGAAACUCAAUUACCAAAUGGAAUAACUGAAGUUGCGAAAGACGUGAAAGUUGCUAUCACUAAUUAUAAUGACGAGUCAUUUGAUGAGAAUCUAAUAGGUUAUACACAAAUUGGCGAACCAGAUAUUCAAACGAGUACCGAAAUUGAUGAAUUUGUUGAAAAUGGCGUUGCAAUUAAAAGAAAGAAAACUAUAACGACAAUUAAAGAAGAAUUUGAAAAUAUGAAAAUUAAAUCUAGAAAAGUUAAAACAACUGUGAAAACUACUACUGAAGAUGAAUACCCUGAUGGAUCAGUUAUAACUAAAAGAAGCGAAAAAGUUUCUAUCGGAGAUUUUCUACUUAAGUCUCCUUCUAUUAACGAUGAUAAUAAGGACGUUUCAGAAUCAUAUAUUGGAGAGAGUGAAAUAGUGGAAGAUUCUUCUGAGGAUUCUAUAGUUAAACACGAAGUAGUACAAAAAGACAAUGUAACAGUUAAACGUACAAUUACUACCAAAACGAAGCGUGAAAUUCUUGCAAGCUCUGAUAAAGAUAUUGAACGUACUAGAACUACAAUAGAAACAAUAACGGAUGAUGAGUAUCCUCAUGGCGUAAUAGAAACUACUAAAGAUAUUAAAAUAACUAUUUCAGAGUCUCAAAAAACUUACGACAGUGACUUGCAAGCAGCUCUUCGAGGUUUAAAGCCUACGGGUAAAGUUAAAUCAUCAGUUGACAAGAAAACGAAGGUGAUAUUUACAGAUGAUUCAAAAAAAAUAAAUCAGACAAUCACAACCUACGUCAAUAAAGAAGAAAUGAUCAAUAGCGGAAACAAUCAAGUUGCUGUUAAAACCGUUACAGAAACUGUAACAGAAAAUGCUAAUGAGGAUGGUACUACUCAAAUAAACAAUGAUAUAAGCACACAAGUGACCUAUCUUCCUCAAGGUACGGGACUUGAAGAUUGGUCUCCAGAAGAAUUAGAAGAAAUAGAAAAACAAUCACUACUACGAAGUGACGCUAGAAAAGCUAAACAAGAUGAUAAACCGACAAUAAAUAAGUUAUAUUUAGAAAAUAAAGUCGAAUCACAACCUGAAACUAUAGUAAAAAAACGCUCUCCUAUAGGAGAAAUUACUACAGAAACUGACACAUUUACUAAAGUUGUAAAAGAUGGUGAUAGUGAAGUAGUACAAACCAUAACUGUAGUUACAACUAAAGAAGUUGUAAGUCCUGAAAAAAUUAAAGUUACCGUAGAAACUACAACAGUAAGUAGAGGCAGCGAUGGUGUAACAAAAACGACAAAAUCUACUAAAACUACUGUAUCAGAAAUAAAGGAAGAAUUUGAAGAAAUAAUAGAUACAGGCGAAAGUGAAAAAUCAUAUUCCAAACAUUCUUCCAAAACCGGUGAUAUGAGAAGUUCAUCUGCGGCUAGUGAUGAUUUAGAUCAUCCCGGUAUAUCAUCACCGCCGUCUGAUAUUAGUUCUAGAGAAUCGAGAGCUGCUACGCACAUUUGGGGCACAGAAAGUAGUGGUAUGUAUUAUAGUGACGAUGAUGGACAAGUAAGUCCGAGUAGUACAAAGUCGCAGAUAGCUCAUUCACCACGAUCAAACCUGAGCCUUGAACUGGACACAAAAUUACCAUCCCAGCGGGAAACUAGUCAUGAAAUGUUAGGAAAAGUAGAAUGUGAUAUAAUGUCAACCUCAAUUUACGGUCAAUUACCUGAUGAUGAUUCAUGCACAUAUUCAACUCACUCUGAGGAGAAGACUGAAACUCUCGUAAUAGAUAAGCCACUUACAAAAAUAUCCGACGAAUUUCUAAUACAUGAACAAGUGGAGUCCUCUAAAUGUAGUAUUAAAACGUCUGAUGCUUCGUUUUUAAAAGAAGCUGACGAACACUUUGAAAAAGCAAUUGAAGAACAUAAGAAAGUCAGUGGUUCUGAAGUGAUAUCAACAGUUACAGGUAAAUAUAAACUUGAUCAAGGGACUUAUUCAGAUGAUGCACAAAGCGUAUCUAAAAAGGAGGAGAGUUCUUUGACGCUUAAAGAUGUUAAAGUUGAAUCGAAAAAAGUUCCUCAGACGAGUUCGUCAACAAGUAAAGAAUCUAAAUCAGAAUUAUCAGAUCGCUCUGAUUUAUGCAGUCCUCUCCACGACCCGAUACAAUCGUGGGGUAAGCCGUUAGGUUUGCCUAGUCCUAUUUUACCACCAGCCAAUCAAAGCGAUGGUAAGAGUACACCAAAAAAACAACAAGUAAAUUCAACGGUAGCUAAUAAAAAUAAGCUUAAUCAGGAAAAGAGUAAAGAAGUGAAACGAGCUUCAGAAUCACCAAUCAAGAAGAAGGCACCAGCCCCUAUAUAUAUGGAUUUAACGUAUGUUCCUCACCAUGGGAAUUCUUACUAUUCAGCCGUUGAAUUCUUCAAGAGAGUCCGUGCACGUUAUUACGUAUUUUCUGGGACUGAACCAUCAAAAGAAAUUUACAACGCGCUGCUUGAUGCCAAGAAGACUUGGGAAAAUAAAGAUUUAGAAGUGACCAUCAUUCCCACGUACGAUACAGACGUACUCGGCUACUGGGUGACCGAGAACGAGGAAGCCCUGGAAAGAUACAAGAUUGACCUGUCGCCUUCCGCUUCCCGCUGCACCAUCAACCUGCAAGACCACGAGACAUCCUGCGCGGCAUACAGGCUGGAGUUCUAGGUGUCGGGUCUAUUUGUAGCCUUCUCAUCGAAGAAGUGAUGCCCUCUUAUACAAAGCUAAGUACUUUUGAAUGGGGAACCAAAGUAUCAGUUAUAUGUUGUAGGAAAUUUAGGCUGUGAUAAAGAACCGAGCAUUCAAAAGUACUUAAGUAGGACACUUUUCCGCAUGAGAUAGUUUGCAAAUAGAUGCAGUUAAAGACUAUGUGAUAUCGAAUGCAAUGUAAAGCACUGCUGUGAGUUUAAGGAAACUGUACUCGUAAUAUGUGUGAGGUGUAGACGAAGGCCCGACGACGCCUCGACGACGGUUCGACGGCGACCGACGACAGCCCGACGAAGGCCCGACGGCUCCCCGACGACGCCUCGACCGCAUCCAGUUCGAACGUCAAAAAAUUCUCGACCUAAGAACAGAAACGUCCAUUUUUUUCUAAAACUGUUUUCUAGUAGCGUCAUUGACAAAAAAUAGUACAUGCCAUUAAAAUAUUUUUCUGACAGUAUUUUUGAAUUUGGUCUUAUACAAUCAGUAGUGCUUUUAUACACGAUUUUUAGCGAAACCAGUCCAUUUUAUUUAGCCAAAACACCGCUUGUGCGAGAAAUCUAAAUUUUUUGAAAUUAUUUUGCUAAAGCAUCGACUUCUAAAUAGGGCGUAAUGUUAUACGAAUAAGUAUACUUCUUGCAAACAAGGCUAACCGUUGUUUUAAUAAAUCGCGUUAUAAAAGGACGUAAAUAUUUUAAAUGUAAGUCCUAUACUGAUUGAAUAGAGGAUCAUAUUUUCAAGGACGAGCGAUAAAUUUCAUCUAAAUUACACAAAUAAUUUUGUAAAUGAUUGAAGUUUAAAAAAAUAUAGAUAUUUAAAUAAUUGUCUUAAAAAGACGCUUACGAACGUCUAACGACGAGCUAGUGCUGCUUGCACUUCUUACAUUAUUGUUGAUAGAAUCGACGUCAUUCUGUUCAAUACUAUUCUAGAAAGACAAAAAUUUGGUCAUAUUUGCUAGUUCUCCCAAACAACCACACGUAGUAAUCAAAAGAUUGAAAUAAAAUAGAUUCCUCGAUAUUUUUUUUCAAUCAUAAGUUAUUUGUGUUUCGUUACACCAGUAGUUGACAAUGGACCAAACAUUUUGUUGAAUGUCAAUGAAAACAUUUUAUCCCAGUCAUAUAAUAUGGAAAUAACUGAAAAGUGCCUGAAUUCAAUUAUUUCUGUGUCACUGUAUCCCAUUUAUACAUAAUUGUUAUUUGAACAAUACCGGACGAUGGUCAAUGCAAAGUAUUUUUGUCUUUCUAGAUAACCGAUCAGCCUAAAGACGAUAGAGAGCUUACUCCAUAUUGAAUAAAUGUUUUAUUAGAUUUAUGAAAACAAAUAAAACGAUAUAUUUACCUUUGUUUUAAGUUGAAAUCUGCUUGUUGCGUCGAUGACUAUGAUAUAGUUUAAGUGGGUGUUGUUUAAAUUUAAAUCAUUCGUGUACAGACUACAAAAUGCUAACAGAAUCUCUUGAUUUUAUUAUCGUUUUUGGCAUAGUUUAUGUGUACGGUCUCCGUUUACGGCAGACAGUUUGUAUUUCUAGUCGAGCCCAGCCCAAAUACAGACACGUAGUAGUAUUAUAUGUUCCUAUGUGAAUUGAUUUUUAGUAUUUUUAUCUAUUGUUUUCAAUUUAAUGUAACUAACCUACGUGUAACUUAUAGACUUCCCUUUUAGAAGAAUAUUCGUUUAAAUCUUAUACUGUUACAUUCAAAUUGUGUGAGAGAAUGUGAUAUUGAUUAAAAUCAUCAAAUCGUACAUCUAGUCUAGUGUAAGCUGUAAGAGAACUUUCCUGAAAUAAAUAAAAAGAUUCCUCCUUUCAUUGUUUGCCAAUUCAAGUGAAGAUUUUGAGUCAAUUAAUUUUAAGUCAUCCAUAGUGUUAAGCCGAACUCUGUCAUCGCUUUCUUUGCCAAACUUUUCUAAACUAUAUAGAAGCUAAACGAAUAGAGAAUACGAUUCUGAGUAUUUGGUGACACCUGCACAAUGUACCGACAUCAUUAAAGCAUUAUCAGAUCCAUAAAAUAAUAUAUUGUAUACUAUGAUGAUAUAUUUAUUUUGUAUUGUAACAAUAUUGUGAGUAUGAAUGUGAAUUUAUUUUAUAGUUAUAUGGAUAUUAUUAUCAAUAUUAAAUAUGUUAACAGAGUGUUGGUUGGUGUGAGCACAACGUUUCUUCUGUUUCCGAUUGUCGUGAAAUGCUUUUACCAGUUGUGAGUGGGACUAAACAGGGAGAUGAAUGGAGGUGUAAACGAGCGUCCGCGGGCGGUGCAUCGCCGGAGAACAUCCUAGGCCCGUUGCGUUGGCGCCUGCCGCUGGGUUAGACGACUUAGGCUUCCGCUUGCCGCACGGCAAAGUGCUCCGCUGUAAUAUAGUUCUAUAGCGAUUUCUGACUUUACUAUUAUGUGUUCAAUACUCCAGAUUCCGCUAUCGCUUGUUGACAUCUACCCGCAAUGCACCGAACGCGGACAAAGCUUUUUGAGUGUUAGGGGUUCUUUCACUGGCUCCAUCCUGUCGAGCCAGCUCCAACCAUCCGCUGGCGCUGGAGCCAGACCCAAAGUUUACUAUUGUAUUUUAUAGCUAGAACUCUAAUUAAUGCAUAUUAUAUUAGGAAUAUUAAAAAUGUUAUUAAUAUAAGAAUUGUAUCAGCUUAGUGAACAUCAAUAGCUCUGAGAAAUAAAUCAUUAUUAAAAUUAUUAAAUGUUGUAUUCUUGGUUAUCACGUUCGCUGUUUUAUAUUUUACUGAAUUAAUCUGACGAACUUGGUCUGAAAUAUCUUACAAAUUAAUAUCUACCUAUCCGUUUACAAUGUACCGUAUCAUUUACUGUGGUAAUAUUAAUUUGACAUCAAAAUGACUUUUUUAUUAGUCCUAUCUAUCCGAUGUUAUCUGUUACCUUUACUUUUUAUUACUUAAUAAGUUGUUAGAUUUACUUCAGUUUUAUUUGUAAAUCUAUUGUAUAUCCGGGCUAUCUGAAAUCUUGAAUGGAAAUUAGUAAUGGUUUGUACUCGUAGAAGUUGGAUAUUGAGGUUUGAAUAGGCUUUGUGGUGCUAACAGCUAUGCUGGGGGAGUAUGCUGUGUUGUUUUGAUUGUAUUUCCUAAAUAAGCAGAGACUUAUUAUCAUAUUAAUUAUUUUAAAAUUAUGUUUAUUCUAAAUUGUAACUUUUAUCGUAGUCUUUGCUUAUUUCGGAAAUGGCACAUGUGUAACACGCUUAAUGGUUAGAGACUGACUUGUGUCUGUUUUAGGAGCGGUGGUAUGAACAUUUGAUUUAACAAGCUUAUAUCUUCAAAAUCAUUGUUUUAUUUAAUAACAUUAAUAUGAUAGAGAAUUAGCAAAUAACUACAGCGCCUGGAUAAAUUCCAGCAACAGUUUUGUGAAUUAACGGUAUUGCUAUUAUAAAACACUAGGCGCAGUUAAUCUUGCUAAUGUUACGUAAUCUAGAAUUUUGCGUCUGAUUUCGCUUGUGUUUGUAAUUCGGAAAAAUUAUAGUUUUUCUGUGAUUAUUUUUUUUUAUUCGAAAUUCUCAAUUGUUUAAUAAUUUAAAUAAUGAUGUCCUCACUUGGAUGUUUUAGGUAUUUGUAACGAUUUCUGUAUUAUUGUAAAAUGAUAUAAUAAUAUAAUGACCACUCAUUGUAUCAGUCAUGUCGCUAUUCUCCAUUCAGCGUGUUUGGUGAGGUGUUAGGAUCAUUACAAGUAAUAAAAAUAUUUCAAAACAA